ACCUACCACCAGGUGACGUUACUGUUGUCGUUGAUAAACAUCCUUCCUCGUACUAAUAGAUAUUGAUACGUUUUGGUGUACAUUUCUUCAAGUGGUGUCAAUUUCUAAAGGUGUUAAUCAGUGAAAUUGACAUAUUUCACUAUUGUUUUCAUUUACUGUUCGGCAACAUAAUAACAUUUUAUUACAAACAGUCAUAAUUUUUAAAAAGGGGCAAUGCCUGGUGAUAAAAAGGGAAGCUGUGGGUCGCAGUAUGAAAAAGCAAAAGAUGAAGUUUACGUGCUGAUGAGAUUUAGGAACGAGGUUUGUGAACUGGUGAGAACUGCCUGUUAUAGAGAAAAGAAAGUCAUCGAAAAUUAUAAUGGAAGAGUUCUGGGACUUGCUUCGGGGGUGACAAUAUACGAAGGAAAUUGGCCAUGUAAUCAAGGAGUAUUAUUGAUGCAAUUUGUUAACAAAGAAUGUGCUGAACGGUGGCUUAACAGUGACAGGAAAUUUCGGGAUAAAGAGUGGCCUUUACCAUCAUCAAGUUUAGAGAUUAUAAUUGCACCAUUGAAAUAUAAGCCUCCAAAAAGUCACUUAACUUUCCAACUUAUAGAGUUGUCUGAUUUUAUGGAUGCACAGUUCCAGGACCGAUAUGUAGACAAAGUUACCCCAAUACUGGACAGUUUUCAUGUAAAACAUGGCGUCGUGGCUUCUUAUGAAAUCGAUGGUUUUAGAAAUGGUUGGUUUAAAAGGGGAAGUUACUGUGUAUUGAAUGCUUUUGAUUCUCCAGCAAAUGUGGACGCAUUAUAUUACUCAGAUCAGUACGGUUCUUUGAAAGAAUACAGACAAUCAGCCUGUAGGACAGAAAACAUAGUGUUUACAUUGGACCCUGAUCUGAAGCCACCAAAGGAGUAGUGUAAUAACAGUCUUAUUUUUCUUGCAUUUCUGUAUAGUAACUUACCUCAUUAACCAAACUUUCUACCGGAAGAGAAACAUAGACCAUAGCGUUUAAACGUUUUCUAGAACUUUCCGUCCCUCAAACGCUUGAAUUGUUCGUAUUUUCACUGAUAUCAACAAGAAACACAACUCCUAUGAUAAAGCUAUAUUAGCAUAGAUUUAAUUUUAACCACAUCAUUGGAGUUGUAUAACUAUAAUAAGUCGUUGUUUAAAUAUUUUUUUUGCAAUACUUCUUUCGUUAGAUAAGUCCAUUUUCAAACUUCAGAAAAAACAACAACACAAAACUGAUAUUAUCACUGUCCCCAUAGUGAGUAAGACAUUUCCAAAUUAAAUAAAUGUUUAAAUUUUGCAAUGCCAAAUAGGCCAUUUGCAUCUUUCAAAAUUUAUUUUGAAAUUUAUCAUUGAUUCAUUGUUUGCAGUAACUUGAUAUGGUGUUUGGGUUUUACUUAUGUGAAUUUUUUGUAUCUGAAACAGAAGCACAAACCAAUAACAUACACAAAUGCAUGUGUCCUCAAUGUAUAAACAGUAUGGUCGCAAUAUAAGAUUAGUAAACAUGAUUUUUCCAAUAUGUUUGCUUUUGAAAAGUUUAAAAAAAAAAAUACUUGCUCUAUGAUUUUUCUUUAUAUAUGACAGAAAAAAAACUGUGAUAUUUGUUAGCGUAUUGCAAUAUACAUAUAUAUUUUGGAAGUUGCUUACAUUUAUUUUUUGUCCAGAACAGUUUCUUAUUAUUGUUAUUUUUUAUGUACGAGACAAUUAUUAUGUAGAUGUAGAGAAUAAAUCUUUGUAAUACUA